UUUGGAUGACACCCAUCCAUCCGGAUCUCUGACGGCACUUAGCGGUUGGUUAGCAACAACAACAGGCAUCGGCUGCGGGAUGGACCGACAGCUGUUUUCCUGAAAUUUCUGCGAAGUAUUUUCCACACAUUGUGGUCUACGCUGCAACAACAUGCGUGUCGUGCAGGACGCUGAUUGUGUGGCUUUCCCGGUUCAUGAACGGAGUUUCAUAUAAGCAGCAAAAUGAGUUGUGUGGCUAACUGGCUAACAGGCUAGAAUGCGACGGAUCUGACAGGUUUCACGAACACCGGCAGUCAGGAAACAUGGACUCACUGCUGGACUUUGAGGAGUGCGUCAAAGACUCACCUGAGUUCAGACUGAACCUGGAUCAGUUUGAGACGGAGGUUUCUGUGCUAGAGACACAACUGGACAAGGUGAUGAAGCUGUGCAGCAAGAUGGUGGAGGCGGGACAAGCGUACAGCGCAGCCAAUCAGCUGUUUUUGAGUGGCCUGGCGGGGCUAUCCAUGUCCCAGAAGGGCAGCGUCAUUACUAGCUGUCUGAACCAGUUCAACCUGGGCCUGCAGGAAAUGGUCAGCUUUCACACGAUGUUGUUUGAUCAGACUCAGAGAGCCAUCAGCCAACAGCUGACAAACCUCUGCACACAGUUCCUUCCCCAGCUGGCGGAGACCAGGAGGGAGUUUGUUCGGAUCGGGGAGGACCUGGAGACGGCGGCGGCAAAAAAUGCUCAGGUGUCUCGACACAAAGCUGCAGACGCUGAGCGAGCGAGUCAUCUGCUUCUCGCCACACGCAAAUGCUACCAACACUUUGCCCUGGACUACUGCCUGCAGCUCAACACUUUUAAGACCCAGCAGAAGAUCGACAUCUUAAACUCCGUGUUCUCCUACGUCCACGCUCAGUUCACCUUCUUCCACCAAGGCUUUGACCUACUCAGAGACCUGGAACCCACCAUGAAGACCAUGGCAGCACAGCUGUCCCAGCUGUCAGGUGAAUGUGCAGCUAAAAGAAAGGACCUGGAGAACACACACCUGCUGGUCCAGCAGAGAGAUGCUUCAGGUGAGCUUCUGGCCAGCUCAUGCCCUGAUAACGAUGACAUCAUUCAGGGUUACCUGUUCAAACGAUCCAGGAGGAAAUCCAAAACUUGGAAAAGAUGCUGGUUUUCCAUCAGAGACAACCAGCUCCUUUACAAAAAGUCACACAAGGAAGACGCUGUAGUUCUGUUUGAGGAUCUCAGACUGUGCGCUGUCAAAUCUCUGGAGCACAUUGACCGACGUUUCUGCUUCGAGCUGCUCUCUGUCCAGAAGUGCUGUGCUCUGCAGGCCGACUCGGAGCAGCUGAAGCAGGCGUGGCUCAGCGCUCUGCAGGGCAGCAUUGACCUGGCCUACAGGGAAGGGACAGACACUCUGCUCACAAAGGCCAAAGACCCCCCACCUGUGGUGUGUGUUGGGAACAGCUCACCGGCCCCCCCCACGCACAAACCACCAGCCCUGGGUGUGGCCCUCAGCGGCCCUGGGAACCAGCGGUGCUGCGACUGUGGGGAGGAAGAGCCUCGCUGGGCCUCCGUGAACCUGGGAGUCACCAUGUGCAUCGAGUGCUCCGGCAUCCACAGGAGUCUGGGUGUUCACCUGUCCAAGGUGCGAUCUCUUACUCUGGACUCAUGGGAGACUGAACAGCUGAAGCUGCUGUGUGUUUUAGGGAAUAGUGUCAUGAACCAAAUCUAUGAGGCGCGAUGUUCAGAGGAAGGACCAGUCAAACCCAGGCCCAGCAGCUCACGAGCAGAGAAGGAGACGUGGAUCAGAGAGAAGUAUGUGGAGAAGAGGUUUGUGCAGAACAGCAGCUCAGAGCAUAAUGCCAGGAUGCGUCUGUAUCAGGCUGCUCUGGAGGGAGAUCUGGUUGCCAUGGCAGCAGCUUUGGCCAGAGGGGUGCAGGUUAAUGUGAGCAUCGCUGAGGAGGAGGGCCGAACGGCGCUGAUUGGAGCAGCCGUUGGGGGCUCGCUGCUGGCCUGUGAGUAUCUGCUGCAGAACGGAGCAAACGUCAACCACCGAGACCUGAGAGGACGUGGGGCGCUGCACGCCGCGGCCGCUGCGGGCCACACCGGACAGGUGUGUCUGUUGUUGAAGAGAGGAGCCAAUCAAUACGCUGUGGAUGAGAGCGGACAGGACCCGUUGGCCAUUGCCGUGGAAACAGCGAAUGCUGACAUCGUCACUCUACUGCGGAUGGCCAGGAUGAAUGAAGAGAUGAAGGAUUCAGAGGGAAUCUUUGGAGCCGUGGGGGACGAUGAGACGUUUCAGGACAUCUUCCGUGACUUCAGCAACAUGGCGUCACACGAUCCAGAGAGACUCAGCAGACGGCGGUUCAGCCGAGGAGGAGAGGAGGAGGAGGAGGGGGGAGACACAAAAAAGAGCACCAACAGCCAGCGCAGGGUUGAAAAGAUGUCGGUGACAGAAACUCAAAGUGCCCCAGGCAGCUUUUAACAGUCAGCGACUGUCUAACCUGUAAAUAUUGCUUACACAUAAUGUGCAGUGUUUACUAGAACACGACUGCAGCUAUGCUUUGUCUUAGUUAUCACACCUGUGGUUUGGUCCUCACUGGUCAAAGCACUGAUCAAACGCUUUACAUUUGAAUCCACAAACAUUUAAAUAACAUUUACUGAAAAAAAAGUUUUUAUUAGACAGGUUUUAAAAGAUUUUUACUCCAAAUAACAAAUAAAUUACCAAAAUUAAGUUCAGCAGCCAGAUAAAGCUUUCAUACUCCAACUAGCUGAACGAGUAUGUAUGUAUGUACACCGAGUAAGAAAGAAAAGUCCUGCAGAAGCUCUGUCAAAAAUGACUUUAUUCAUCAUAUAGAGGUUUAUUAAUCCUUGGUCACAGUAGAGGUCAGCCUUUAUAACCAGUGCAUGUACUGAAACGAGCCAGGAGUGAUGCUAAUACAGCAAAGGAAUAGAUGCAUGUAUGAUUCUGCUCCUCCGCUGAUUUAAUGUGUCUGCCUCUCAUCUGCUGUGGUUACAGGGUUCUCAGUGUAGUGUAGCGCCCCCUGUUGGACGCGGCUCCUUCUUUUUCAGUGUCCAUUGGCUGCUUUGGAAGCAUGACUGUCACUGGAUCGCAUUGCUCAGCCCUGGUUCCCUGGACAGUGAUCUGUAAUGGGAGGAGGGAACUGAGUGUGGCUCAGCGUUUGUAGCCUUUAACCAUGUGCUCAGAAAAGGAUUCAAACUGUAGCUGCUGUUACCUGUUAUUUACAAUAUUUUGAAGUGUUUCAUGUUUCUUAUGGGAUGUAACCACAUUUCCAGCUUAAGGCCUGUGGUUAAAACAGGGUUUCUUUUUAUCAGACUGAAGUGGACCAACAUAGUUGAGCUCCAUCUCCCAAUGCUGCUUGUUCCUACUGGAACAAAUGACCACCCAGGCUGUUAGAACCUCAAACCUGCCAGGAAGCUGUUUGAUCUCAACAUCCUGUCCUGGAAGCUUUUCUCUCCUGAGUUCAGGCUGGCAGGUUUGAUUUCUGCCUCAGGUUUAAUCCAUCAUUUCUAAAAACACAUUUCCCAGUCUGUUACUAAUGUGAAGCUACUGCUUAAUAAAAUGUAUGAAGACGU